CUGCACGUCAUCGGCCGCAGAACCUGCAAGGCUGACGGCAGUCUUGCACUCGCAGGCGACAGCUAUGAUGUGAUGCUGUGCUCCCAUGGUGGAUGUUGCGAGAAGGGCAAUGGGAUAUAAAUUGCGGCGUUUAGGUGUAGUUGGUGCAUCGAGCCACCAUCGAAAUCCCCAGUAUGCUGUUUCGUGACGUUGUAUUCCGACCCUCGCUUCUCUGCGCCCUUGCAUCGUAUGCUGCCUUUGGCGAGGCUGCAACGCUCUUCGAGGGCGGAACAAUAAUCACCUGGGAUGCCUCUGCAGACUAUCUCGACGUUAUCCGCAACGGGUCCGUCCUGGUGGAAAACGACUCCAUCUCUGCCGUCUUCUCGGGACGCUACAAUGGCACACCGCCCUCUGACCUGGAAGUCGUGGAUGCGACCAACGACAUUAUAUCAACCGGCUUUAUCGACACGCACCGCCACAGCUGGCAGACGGCCUUUAAGACACUCGGCUCCAACACGACUCUUAUGAGAUACUUUGAGCGCUAUGGCACCGACUCGCCCGCUGGCAAACAGCUCACACCCGAAGACGUGUACAUUGGCCAGCUGGUCGGAUUGUAUGAAGCCAUCAACGGAGGCGUCACUACUAUUGUCGACUUUCCCCACUGCACAUGGUCCGCCGAACACGCCAUGGCAGCGCUCAACGCAACGUUUGAAAGCGGCGCCCGAGUCGAAUGGGCCUACUACUUCCAAGACUACCCAAACUUUACUGUUGACGGACAGACGGAGCUGUUCCAGAGACUAGUCGACGAUUCGCGCUUCAAGAACUCGACUACAAACCUGGGCAUCUCGUACGAUUACUUUAGCAGCGCCAACAAGAGCCAGUCGCGCUCAGUCCUGGACCUGGCCAUCGAACACAAUGUAUCCGUAUUAACGACGCACGCCAACGGCGGCGUGUACGGAGCCCCAAACUUCCCCGAAGUAUUAGACACAUUCAACUUCCUGAACGAAUCCAUCCCCAUCAUCUUCGCACACGGGAGCUACCACUCUGCCACGGACGCCCAACUGCUGCGCCAGCACAACCACUACAUUUCCACGACGCCAGAGUCGGAAAUGCACUACGGCCACCUGCAUCCAAACAGCCAUCUCAUCAUGGACCAAAUCGCGCUUGGAAUCGACACACACUUUACCUUUUCCACGGACAUUCUGACGCAAGCACGCCUGUGGCUUCAGAGCGUAAGGAAGAUUUUGUUCCGUGAAGUCGUCGACCACCGUCGUCUGCCUGCCAACAACCCCAUGUCUGUCAACCAAGCCUUUCUCCUCGCGACUCGCAGCGGAGCGCAGGCGCUGCGGCGCUCAGACAUUGGCAUCCUGGCUGCAGGCGCAAAGGCAGACCUUCUCGUGUGGAAUGGCCGUGCUCCCAGCGUGCUCGGCUGGACGGAUCCCAUCGCCGCAAUCAUGCUGCAUGCCAACGUGGGCGACAUCAAGCACGUCAUGGUUAACGGAGAGUUCAAGAAGCGCGACUCGCAGCUUACCGUGCCCGAUUACACAAAGCUGCAGGACCGUUUUCUCGACAGCGCAAAGAGGAUCCAGGACAUGUGGAGGGAGAUGCCGCUGCCCGUGACCGAGGGCGCUGCAUCCAACGGGGUUCUCUAUGAGAAGCCCAUGGAGGCGGAUAUCGAGAGGGGCGGACAGACUGGUUACGGGCCACUGUUCGUCUAGACUUAUCUCCGAGGUGUUGUAUCAGUUCAUCAUACAAUUCUAUAAUCGUUCCAUCUUAUGGCUGGUAUAU